AUGAUUGUAAUGCGAUUCCUAAUACGAUAUACCUUGACGAGCUUAAACAAAGCACAAUUUUAUAAUUUAACAAAAGAGAUAGUAGUUUCACCAAUUCGUAAUACGUCAAUUAGAUCGAUACGUACAGCGGUGGCCUGUUUAUUAUGUAAAUUAUGGUUGGAUUUAUCUAAUACAGUUCUGGGUUUAUUAUUCGAAUUACCAGAUAAACAAGCUGUAUCUCGAGUUAUUGAAAGUGCUAGAAAAGCACUAUUGGAAAGUUUUGUUUCCGAUCACCUUGAAUUUUCUCAUAUUAACACGGAGGAAAAGCUGAUUUUGAGCUGUUUUCGAUUUGGGCCGAUUUUGAGCCAUUUCAAAUCGAUUUCAAGCGAUUUUGGCUCAAAAUCGAUUUGA